AGUGCAAAGAUGUCAAUCUAUAGUGAUGAUACCGAUGGCCUUCACUUGCUACAAACGUACAUAGAAGAUACACUUCCUUCGCUAAAAAGAGAGCAAGUGUGUAGCAUUCUGGAUAAAUGUCUUGAAGUUGGCGUGGACAAACCUACGGAUUUCAAGUAUGUCAGUGAAGGUGACCUUUCCGAGCUGAAUCUCAAGAAGGUCCAAUUGAGGAAGUUACUGAGCGCAUUUGACGCUAGUGACCCGGACGCUGCCUCGCUUGAGACCCAGCACAAGUCACCAUCUGGUGUUUUGCCAUCUGCAUCGUCACCAUCGCACACAUCAAGUGGCUGGUCAACAGACUACAGCGUACCUUGGGACAAAAUGCCCGCUGCUCUCCAGAAAGACCUACAAAGGAAAGAACGUCCUCUUCCAUCCACGAGGAGACAAAUGGUUAGGAUCAUUGUAGACGACAUAUCGGCCAAGAUCACUCAUAAACCAGGUAGAAAGCAUCUCUGCAACAUCGCCUCCAAAAUUGUGUGUCAUUACCCUCACUCGUUUCAAGACCAACUUGGAGGAACUGUAAUUGGAAGAGGAUAUGAUUCACUUCUAUCUCAGCUGGAGACCCGCAUUGCCAAUAUCACAAGGGUAACCAAACCUACUCGUGCUGUCCAUGACAUAGACUCUGAUAGUGGUGCUGAAAGGCCAGCCAAGAAAAUCAAGGCCAGUACUAGUUACGGUACCCAGAACUGGCAACCGGAUUUGCCACAUGAUGAGGAUGUCGAUUCCCAAAAUGACAAAAAAAUUGCCAUGCUGACAAUGCACUCCAAAGAGGUGUGGGACAAGGCAGCAGUCGCACAACUCUUGAGCGAUACUUAUUCCACACUAAGAUCUGUGAUUAACAGCGGUGCAACAUCGAUUCUGACCAUCAAAGCAGAAUGGCCCUUCCUCUUUGAGGAAAUUGGCAUGCUGGAACACUUUGAAAAACUUGUUGGGAUACCACUCCGUGAAACAUUGCAUAUUGCCUUUGCAUCUAAAGUACCACCACUCCUGAACUUCCUACUGAGCAAGCAGCACGAGAAGCCCAAGCUGAAGAAGGCAAUCCAAGACAUGGAGAAGGCCAAGAGGGAAAUGAUGAACAACCUGCCAGAGGUCUUCGGGUUUCUCAGCGCCCUUGCAGCCUUCUUUGGAGAAGACAUCAGUGUUCUGAUUCGUGUUCAAGAUGAAACUACCCCGGAAGUAGCACAGCUUCUGCCUGUCACACCCUGCAUUGUAUCAAAUGGGUCAUCAAUCCUUACAGCUUCUGACUUUAUGUUGGUCGUUGACAAAGAGAUCGUGAUCACGGGAAUCCAAUCGCCACUGCAAGCGUUGAUGUUGAUGUUUGCAGCCUUCUAUAACUUCAACAUUGAGUAUCCAUCAAAGGGGCAGGCACUUCUGGAGCUUGUUCAACGAUGCCUGAUUGGGAUCAAUCCUGAAAAGGGUUCUAAGGCCCCCAAAACAUCUGGGAGAAAGGCCCACAGCAUCAACUCAAAGGUACUCACCUUCAUAAACAUUGCGAAGGAUUUUGGCACCGAGUCGGACUAGUCUGUAAUUUCUGUCUUCUGGUCCCCUAAUUCUUCUUUACAGCCUGGUUUUAACAGUAUGAAAGGUUUGCUGUAACACCAUGUGAAUAUUCUUGUUUUAACUCGAUGUUUGGAGCAGUGUGCGUUUGUUUGUCAUCAGGAGACGGUAUACAAACAGCACACAACAGCUGGACACUAUAGUGUACAUGAACAUAGCUCACUGUUUGGAACUAAAAACAGCUAGUUCGUUUAAAAACCACAUAAAUG